AUGGCCAUGAGGCCGUUGCAUGCUGCAGCUUUUUCUAGCUUGGCACCGGCACGCCGGAGUGCCAAACAAGCACCGCCGCUCCAUCGAACCUUCCUCGUUCCAUCUGCCUCGAUUCCUUGCUGGCCCGAGGUCGACGUUGAGCGACUCGCCGGCGCACCGCGCCUUGACACACUCUGCCGCUGCAUUGCAGCGACCUUUCACCUCGGUGCCUCAAGUGAGCCACGGUCUGACUCUUCCUUCUUGGCCGCAUUUGCCAAGCCCUCGUGGACGUCGCGGCUCGGCUUCGGACUCCUGGACAGCUUGGAUGGCCGUCCGCCCCCAGGUGCACGGCCUAUCGGGGCGGUGCAGGUGUCCGGACAGCACCUUCGAGUGACAGGGCCUUCGGAGCGGAAUCUCGGCGCGGCCCUCAAGCGGCUCUUGGAAGGCGAAGAGGAGCCAGGUUGGAGCUGUUGGGAGGAGGAGUCCUUACGAUCGCUUCUUCAUCGGAUCCUCGAGGCUCGCGGACGCUCUCGGCUGUUGGUGCUUCGUGAGGAUGCAGCGGCAGAUGCCUCCGAGGAGCUUGCAUUAGCUGCGGCAGAUGAGUCCACGGAUGUCUCCGCGGCUCUCAGCGCCUGGAGCACCUCGUCGUCGUAG